UCUUAUACUUUAAUUUUGAUAACAAUGAACAAAAAGAAAAGGGUUGUCUCCUUUCCUUCCGCUCUAAAAUGCAAAUUCUUCAUGCUACAUCUUGGCCUUAUCUCUCCUUUCAAACUACAAAGCAACAUUCAAAAGGAGGACUGCUUCUUGAGAGAUGUCUUCAACCAUCAACUGCCAACUGCUUCUUUCAGCUUCAGAAGCUGGAAAGGUCGAUAUGGGUAUCACAUAAACGGUCCAUUUUUAGCUGCUUUGCACCAAAAGCUGCCUCUGUUGAAGCUGUUUCUUCAGCAACAUCAAUUGGAACAGCUGAGGGUGAUGUAUUAAAAGCUUUGUCUCAAAUCAUUGAUCCGGACUUUGGAACAGAUAUUGUCUCCUGUGGUUUUGUGAAAGAUCUGCUCAUUGAUGAAGCUUCAGGAGAGGUUUCCUUUGGCUUGGAACUCACAACACCAGCAUGUCCAAUCAAGGACAUGUUUGAGCAGCAAGCAAAUGAGGUGGUGGCUAGGCUUGCCUGGGUCAAAAAGGUCAAUGUGACCAUGUCAGCACAACCAGCAAAACCUAUUUUUGCUGGGGAACUUCCAGCAGGUCUGCAGAGGAUUUCAAAUAUUGUGGCAGUUUCAAGUUGCAAGGGAGGUGUAGGAAAAUCAACAAUUGCUGUAAAUCUUGCAUAUACUUUGGCUGGAAUGGGGGCUAGAGUAGGUAUUUUUGAUGCUGAUGUUUAUGGACCAAGUUUACCGACAAUGGUCUCCCCUGAAAACCGAUUGCUAGAGAUGAACCCAGAAAAGAGAACCAUCAUUCCAACUGAUUAUUUAGGAGUUAAGUUGGUAUCCUUUGGAUUUGCCGGACGAGGUCGUGCAAUAAUGCGAGGUCCAAUGGUUUCUGGGGUCAUCAAUCAACUUCUGACAACCACUGAGUGGGGAGAGCUUGAUUAUCUUGUUAUUGACAUGCCUCCUGGAACUGGUGAUAUCCAGCUUACUCUAUGCCAGGUAGUCCCAUUAACAGCUGCUGUUAUUGUUACCACCCCUCAGAAGCUAGCAUUCAUUGAUGUUGCGAAAGGAGUUCGCAUGUUUUCGAAGCUUAAGGUGCCAUGUGUUGCUGUGGUUGAAAAUAUGUGCCACUUUGAUGCGGAUGGGAAACGCUACUACCCAUUUGGUAGAGGUUCAGGCUCUCAGGUUGUCCAGCAGUUUGGGAUCCCUCAUCUGUUUGAUCUUCCCAUUAGACCAACUCUUUCUGCUUCUGGUGAUAGUGGAAUGCCUGAAGUGGUGGCUGAUCCUCAAGGUGAAGUUGCCAAGACAUUUCAGAACCUUGGAGUAUGUGUUGUGCGACAGUGUGCCAAGAUUCGCCAGCAAGUAUCAACAGCAGUUACCUAUGACAAAUCCAUCAAGGCCAUAAAGGUUAAGGUACCUGAUUCAGAGGAAGAAUUCCUUCUGCAUCCUGCAACAGUAAGAAGGAAUGACCGCUCUGCCCAAAGUGUGGAUGAGUGGACUGGGGAACAAAAACUGCAGUAUGGUGACAUUCCAGAAGAUAUUGAACCUGAUGAAAUUCGGCCCAUGGGUAACUAUGCUGUGUCAAUAACAUGGCCAGAUGGAUUUAGCCAGAUUGCUCCCUAUGAUCAGCUCCAGAUGAUAGAGCGUUUAGUUGAUGUUCCUCAACCAACACCUGUGCAAUCAUGAUAAUUUCCUCUUCACUUGUGGCGUAUUUUGAUCGACACCUUGAUUCCACCAAACAAGGCCUGUCUGCUGUGUGCAUUCUCCGACUGUUGGGGUCAAAUGAAACUAAAGGGAGGCUAGGAUUCACAGUUACCUCGAUUGUAAAAACUAGAGCUUAAAUGUGAUUCUAGGCAUAUAUAUAUAUAUAUAUAUAUUUAUAUGUAUAUGUACACCAUAAUUUUACAAGCAAAAAUGGAUACCUCUCCAUUUCUAUAAAA